AUGCCAAUUAGCGGAGCAUCCAAAUUAUCUUACGAAGGCUAUGGAUGGUCAAGUGAUGAUGAUAUUUAUUGUCCUGAUGGUGAAAUAACAGUUGAUGAAAAUUAUCGAGAUAUGAAAGGUCAAACUUCAUUUGAAAUCGAACUUCAACUUGAUUGUGACAAUCGAAAAAUUAGUUAUAUCAAUCAACGAACAAAGAAUCAAAGAGAAUUAAAUAUCGAUAUUACAAAAUGUCCAUUUCCAUGGCAACUUUUAGAUUCAAUUAUGUAUACAUUACAUAUAUUCGUUUUUAUUAUUAAUUUGAUCUAUAUCAAUUCCUUAGAUACAGCAUCUGUUUCUCAACAUGGUCAAUAUCUUCUUAUGCGUGGUCGUGUAAUAUUUCUUCCUAGUUUUAAAAUUUCAAUUGAAUCUGAUGCUCGAUUAAUUGUUGAAUUACAAGAUACAUCACUUGCUGAUGCUCCAGCAAAAGUUAUUGCAAGAACAAUUAGAAAAGCAGUUCAAUUUCCAAUAUCAUUUGCUAUUAAAUAUUUACCUUCGAAAGUUUCAAACCGACGUAUCUAUUCACUCAGUGCAACUGUCCGAAAUAAAAAGAACGAAUUAUUAUAUAUUAAUAACGUACAUGUUAGAGUAAUACCGAUAGGUUCUCGUCGUACUAAAUUCGUUAAUGUGGGUGUGGGUGUGGGUGUGGGUGGGUGUGGGUGUGGGUGUGGGUG